CUGGGUCAUGAAUAGAAGGUGAAAAGACACCUAGAAUCAGACACAUUACCGCAAGCUUUUAAUGACUGCCCUGGUGCAGAUAUGUCCGGUCUCAUUUCCAUCACCCUGCUCCUCUCAGUCUUUGGUAUAGAGGCAUAUAUCCCUCAUCGCUAUUUUUUUGUGAAUGAGAAUAAAACUUGGAUUGAAGCUCAGGCGUACUGCCGACAAACAUACACUGAUCUGGCCACCAUCAACACCAUGAAAGAAAUGAACCACCUAAAAGACAUCCUGAAGAAGGAAAAAGCAGGUCGAGCAUGGUUCGGUUUGCAGCGUGGAGCCACAGAGAAAUGGCAGUGGUCUCAUUCAGACCAACCUUUUUACAAAGAUGGAGAUGCUUUCAGAAACUGGAAUACCAGGGAACCGAACAAUGGACAUGGUCCAUUCUGUGCUGAGAUGAAUACUGACCCUGGCUUCUGGAAUGAUGACCACUGUGAGAAAUUAAAGCCCUUUGUGUGUUAUGAAGAAAAGGAGCAGAAUGUUAAUGAAUACAUCUGGAUUAAUGAUUCGAAGGCCUGGUAUGAUGCUCAAAGCUACUGCAGAGAUCACUACAUUGACCUUGUCAAUGUGAGGAGCCAAACUGAGAACCAGAAGCUCUGGAAUUUGACAAAAUUUUAUAUCUGGAUUGGUUUGUUUAAAGACUCUUGGACCUGGUCAGACGAGAGUAAUUCCUCAUUCCGAUACUGGAGGUCUGCGAGUCCGACAGGAAAUUUGAACUGCUCUGUUAUGAAAAUGAAUGAUCCGUGCGACUGCUGGAAUGUUGCAGACUGCAACGAGAAACUUCCAUUUGUCUGCCAUGACAACAAACUGAUCCUGAUCAAGCAGAAUCUGACCUGGUGGGAAGCUCUGAAGUACUGCCGCAGCCAUCACCAUGACCUGGUCUCAGUGAGCUCUGAGGAGAUGCAGCUUUGGGUGAAGAAAACGGCUCAGAAAGCCGACACUGCACACGUCUGGCUCGGGCUGCGUCAUGACUGCGUCCAGCGUAUCUGGUUCUGGGUUUUUGGGACAAUGCUCUGCUAUCAGGACUGGGCGCCAGGGAACGGGACCUGGAAUGAAGACUGCAGCCAGGAGAGGAGAAGUGGAGCAGUUCAGGCUGGAGGCACGCAGCAGUGGAUCGAGUUGCAUGAGAGCUACAAACUCAACUUCAUCUGCUCUACAUAUGAUGAUGUUUGAUUAAACUUGAAGACUGAAGACAAGCUGUGGUCCAUUAUCUGUAUUCAGCAUCAGCAGAUCUACAGUUCUGUCGCCUCUAGAUUUAUUCUAGAUUUAUCGACAUUUUAUAUUUUAUAUUCAUAUAUUUUUCACCAUGUUAAUAUUUUCCUACAUUUAACACAAGCAAAAAAAAUGUGUUUGUGUUCUUUUUGUUUUUGUUUAC